AUUUAAGAUCGAUAAACAAUUUUUUUUUUUUUUUAUCUUGCUUCUCCUUUCUUUGUUCUUCGACCGUCUUUCUGUUUCGUUUGUUUAUAUUACCCUCUUUAUACUCGGGAAGUACUUCUACCCUUAUUCCAGAUCCAUGCUAUUUCAACAAGCAUACAUGCCUGCCGCUUUUCCAUUGGCAGAGAAACCUUUUUUGCAAAAAUACAUUCCUGAUCGGCGACGAUUGAGAAUGCAGGAACUAGAGAAAGCAUUGUUGCCGCUUCAUUUACCUUAUGCUGGUAAUUCGCUACAUUAUCAGGCGCCUCCUCCCAGUUCCUGGCAUCCGCAACUUGCCAACACCGAGCCCUCCUCUCGUUGGUACCCUCUUGUUACGGAGCAACAUCAGUCUCAGUAUAACCACGUGCAACAGCAUUACCACCACCAUCAACCAUCUCCUUCUCAACAUCAAUAUCAACCCCAGCAACGACGUCAGUGGCAACAACCUAGCCCGCAUCAUCAUUCCAACUCCUCCCUGCAUGUGUCGUCCAUCAUGAUACCGCCUCAGUCGCCAACGCUGACCAGCUACUACCACGAAAAUUACAACGAGUGGCUCGAUCAUUAUUACCAAUCGAAGCGUCGUCAGGGUCUCUCUAGCCGUGUCGAUCUGGAUGCUCAAAAGAGACAGAAAAUACGGCAUUUGAACGACGUGCAUAAUACAUCUACUUGGGGCAAUAUGGAUGUAUUUCUGCCGGAAAAUGCAUCUCAUCAUUCUUUUUCGGUCCCUGCGCAGUUGCAUGGAACCGACCAUUUUCACGUCUCUGGGAUCCCCCCUCAACACCAUGAUCCUGUAUCAGGCUUCCAACAACAGCAUCACUACAACGCCUACGGCUUGUUACCACACAGUACCACCGGUGCACUGGUCUCGUCAUCCUCGUCCUCGCUUUCACUUCCUUUGCCAGCUGGAGCUUUGUCGGAAGAAUGGCGUGACAAUAUGCUCCAAUAUGCACAUACACUGUAUGCUACUGCCCCCGAAAGUCCCGAGUUACUUGAACUCUUGCAUACGCUCCACAGCCGGUUUCCAACCCAUUUGCCUAUCUUGUUAUUGCUGGCUUGUGUUUACUUUGCCUAUCGAGACUACGAUGCAUCGUUGCAAUACAAUCACCUGAUUCUCAGCUAUGAUCCCGAGUACGUGGAAGCCAUGAGUAACAUUGGUACGACAUUGCAGAGCAUGGGUCGUUUGAGCGAGGCGGAGCACUGGUGGUCUAGAGCCGUGAAAUUGCGUCCCAGUUAUUUCGACGCUAUCGAGAACCUUGUAGGCGCCUUAUGCUCACCAAAUGCGGUGCACGAUCAGGAAAAAGCGAGCCACGGAUCGAAAGCGGAAAAAGCAGCGGUGGAUUUGGUUUCACGACAAAGAGAAGCAUUGGCCGUUUGCGAAUACGUCGAACAGUACUAUUUCAAGGAGAUCGACAGCGCCUUUUCGCUCACGCCGCCCAAGGAAUUACCGCACUAUCAACUGUCACGCUUACAGAAUCUGUUUUAUGCCAAGGGGAAUUUAAAGUACGCGUUAUCGGAUGUUCUUGGAGCUCAGCGAGAGUAUGAAAAAGGCCUUGAACUCGCUUUUGGAGCCAGUCUGCUUUCUGUGGCAAAUCAGCUGGCGAUCGCUUGCGGAUCAGGAGCGGCCAUGGAAGCUUCUCGAUCCAAUCGUGUGCUUGAUAUCCAAUCGCUUCCUUUGAUGUUGCUGCAGCCUGAACAAGCCCUGGGUUUACUUCAAGUGGUGUUUGCUUCUACGGGCGGUAUUCUCCCCGGUCUCGUGACCCUCGGUUGUCCUAUGCAUGAUAAUGAGAGUUUGGCCACCGUACAACAGACAAAUCAAACGACAUCGACGAUUCUUUUGACCCUCGCCAAGCUAUACCAGGACAUGAUGAAUCCUUCGACGCCUGUGAUGGUGACGGCCGCGAGUCACGGUGGUGCACCUGUUCCUAGUUUAUCCCUCCUCCUCCUCAUGUAUUACCUUAGCUUGGCCCUUCAUCCCAGUCCGUCCACUGCCAACAACAUGGGGAUCCUCAUGAGCAAUAUUCCUGAAGCCGUGGCCUUGACGGCGCUGAAAUUGCCUGCGAAUCACAGUCAACCGGGUCUGAACGGCGUCGUGUUAGCGAUGCAGUACUACAUGUACGGUCUACAAAUCGAUCCACGACAUGCGCAUCUGUAUACCAAUCUGGGUUCUCUGUUCAAGGACAUGGGUCAUUUGAACGAAGCGGUGUCCAUGUAUCAAAAGGCGGUCGAGUACAAUAGUCAAUUUGACGUGGCCUUGGCCAACCUGGGCAACGCGAUGAAAGAUAUGGGUCGUGUCCAGGAUUCGGUGCAGUGGUACAGACGAGCGGUGGAAAUCAAUCCGGAUUUCGUGGAUGCCGUCUGCGGUCUAGUGAAUGCUCUUAUGGGGGUUUGCGAUUGGCGCGGUCGUGGUGGGGUAGGCACCGAAGUGAUGGUCGAUAAUUACGGUCUCAUGUUACCGAAAAGCAAGGAUCCCCAUACACGACAAGGAUGGAUUGGCCGAGUUGUGGAUAUCGUCGAGAAGCAGCUCAACGACGGCGCUCUGUGGGGUGUUGGUACAUUGAAACAGCCUGUGAAUGGUCAAGGAAAACUGUUCGGCGAACAACUACAGGAAAUCAUUAUCCGUGCAUCACGUGUCCAAGGGCAGCACGAUGAUACCCGACUGAAUCAGCUUUGGCGUCAGCGAUUACAGUAUUUUGCAGAGAUGGAAGGAAAGAAAAACGAAGGCGGAUGGUUGAUUCGACUCAUCGAACGUAUCCUUCGACGGUUGCAGCGAAAGUGGUAUAUUGAGACUUACGGAGAAGUGGUGCAGAGUAAUGUCCAACGGUCCGCUAUUUUAAUCACCAAGGAAGCCGCUGAAAAGUAUGUUCGGCCAAUGAUUCCCAGCAGUUUACCAAUGCCACCGUUACCGACCGUGUUGCCUUUCCACACAUUUACGUAUCCACUCAAUGCUAGGCAAGUGCGACUGAUUUCUCAUCGGAAUGCUUUGCGGAUCUCGCACACCACAAUGAACGCUGCGUGGGUGCCGUCUCACGUCUAUCCUCCCCCUCCCCCUCCCUCGCCACGGCUCAAGAUUGGCUAUAUCUCGUCCGAUUUCAAUAACCACCCACUGGCGCAUCUCAUGCAAUCAGUGUUUGGAUUCCACGAUAAAAAGAAGUAUGAAGUCUUUUGCUACGCCACCACUGCUUCGGAUAACUCGCCCUAUCGGACUAAAAUUGCCGCGGAAGCUGAGCAUUUCAUCGAUGUCUCUUCGUGGUCUCAUCAGCAAGUAGUGGAAACAGUGAUUCGCGAUGGUAUUCACGUCCUGGUCAACUUGAACGGAUAUACUAAAGGAGCCGCCAAUGAAAUUUUUGCUGCUCGUCCUAGUCCCGUUCAAUGUUCGUUUAUGGGUUUUGCUGGCACUUUGGGCGGGGGUUGGUGCGAUUGGAUCAUUGCCGAUCCGAUUGUGUGCCCUCCCGAGAUGGUCAGUGGCGAAGUUUGGCGUCGACGACAAAAGGAUCAGCGAGUGCAAAACGGCGAAAAAGGGCAAAAGAACGGCGACUUUGAAGGCGAUAUUGAUCCUGAAGAAGACACCAACGAUUUUGUGUACACGGAAAAGUUUAUUUAUAUGCCUCACUCCUAUUUCGUGAACGAUCACAAACAAGGAUUCCGCGAAGAAGAUGACGAGGUGAUGAUCAAACAACAUAUGCAUGGUCAUUUGAGCCAAGAGGAUCUGUGGAUGAUUGAAGAGGACCGACGAUGGAAGAUGCGGCACAAGUUGUUCCCUCAGUUACCAGACGACGUGGUGAUUUUUGCCAACUUUAACCAACUGUACAAGCUUGAACCGACGACGUUUCAUCUAUGGCUUCGCAUCUUGGAGCGGGUCCCCAAUUCCAUCUUGUGGCUAUUGCGGUUUCCCCCGGCCGGGGAAAAACAUUUGCAUCGAUGUGCUGUUGAAUGGGCAGGUGCCGAAGUAGCGCAGCGCGUCAUUUUCACGGAUGUAGCACCGAAGCAUAUUCACAUUCAUCGAGGACGCGUGGCCGAUCUUUUCCUGGAUACUCCCGAGUGCAAUGCACACACCACGGCGGCGGAUAUUUUAUGGUCAGGUACACCGAUCGUUACUUAUCCAAAGUAUGUACACAAGAUGUGUUCUCGUGUGGGUGCCAGUAUUGCGUUGGCUACUGGAUACGGUGACCAGAUGGUGGCGACGAGUGAAGAACAAUAUGAAGAAAUGGCGGUUCAAUAUGCGCAAAGUCUCCGGUACAAGUAUGAAACGGAUCGCCAUGGCAAAAUGCACCGCAGAGGCCACGGACCCUUGAUGGAUCUUCGCAAAGAGCUUUUCUUCACCAGAGAAAGAAGCCGUUUGUUUGAUACCCAGCGAUGGACCCGAAACCUCGAACAAGGCUAUUCAGAAGCAUGGCGACGAUGGGUGACGGCUGAAGAAUUUGAAGACCUGAACAACAAGACAUCGAAUGCCAGUGGCUGUAUUUGGGUGAAAGACCCUGACGACUAGAAAGUGGAGAAAAUCGUAGCGUCUACAGAAACAACACAUAAUCACCAUCUUACACACCAUACGUUCAUCAGCAUCAUUGCAUAUAUCAUUUCUAUACCGUUAGUCAUAGUUUCUUCUCAUUCAAUUCUUCACAUUCCGUCUAUGUGUUUAUCCGAUAUUCAUUCUUUUUUUUUUCGGUACUUUGCUUUUUUCUCUUUUUUCUUUUCUUUCUUUAGAUCUGCCGUAUCUUUACAGUUGACAAAAACGGACAACGGAAAUCGAUCUCCAUCGCUCUUUUUCUUUUUCAAUGCAUGACUGUAUGCGGAUUACCAUGGGAACUGAAGGCCAAAGAAGAUAACAAUCACUAUAGUCAUUGAUUGAAGCAUCUCCGAGACUCGUUCUAUUUCUUAGUUUUACAUGCUUCUUUUGGGGACAUUC